GCGUCUCUCACUCUCGGCUCCCCUUUCCCACUCUCUCGCAUCUCUAGGAGGAGAAGAGGAGUUGGAGCGAUGGGAGGGCCUUUGGGAGCGAUCAUUGGGCGGUACCCGACGGAGAGUGAUGGUGACGGAGACAUGGCCGGAGGCGGGAUCAUCCGGCACAACCGCAAGUGCAGGGAUUUGGUGUUUUUGGUGAUCUUUAUCGCAUUUUGGGUGGCCAUGAUUGUGAACUCUAGCUUCGGAUUUAAUCAGGGGAAUCCUCUCAGGCUAACAUAUGGCUUGGACUAUAAAGGCAAUGUAUGUGGCGAUAAGCAUGCUGACCCAGAUCUACGGGAAUUGGAGGUCAGAUAUUGGAUGAAUCCUAAUCAGGUCUAUGAAAGUGGGCUUAAGAGUAGCCAGUUUAAGUUGGCUGAUGCCAGGAGCAUCUGCUUAAUGGAGUGCCCAGUUCCUUCUGAUGAUGGCCUUAAUUGGAUUUGUGACUAUCCAGAGGGGGAUAUUCGCCUCACAGUUGAUGAUUGGAUCGAUAGAGACUAUGAUUAUUAUGAGUUUCUUACACCUGAGAUGAGGAAUAGCUCACUUCAGCUUCAAGGUCCCUGCUAUCCUGUGAUAUACCCCAGUGUAAAUGUCCUUUGGAGUUGCCAAUUCAUAGCACGCGCAUCAAAUGUUUCCUUGCGUCACUGGCAGCAGAUGGGUGGUGCUAACAUUCAAGAAGAUAUUAUAAUUGAUAAAACUAUUCACAAAGCGAUAAAUUCUCCAUCAGCUGUUUUGAAGAGGUAUGUUGCAGAUAUUGGGAAGGCAUGGCCUGUGUUGAUUGUUUGUGGUGGAAUUCUGCCUUUGUUUUUGGCUGUGUUCUGGCUAUUAAUGAUUCGUCAUUUCGUUUCUGGCAUGACAUGGAUUACAGUCAUCCUUUUCAAUGCCCUCGUAAUUUCAGUUACAAUGCUAUACUAUGCGAAAGCUGGAUGGAUUGGAAAUGAUGCUGUAUCUGUUGUUAUUGGUGUGAGUGAUCCAUAUGUCAACAUAAGUGGAAGAGAACUAAAUCACCUUCGUGCCAUUGCAGUUCUUAUGACAGUUGUGAUGAUUGUAGCCUUCCUUUCCUCAAUAGCCAUUGUCAGGCGUAUUCUUAUGGCUACAUCUGUUCUAAAGGUGGCUGCAAAGGUCAUAGGAGAGGUUCAAGCCCUAAUUAUCUUUCCGAUUCUACCAUAUGCUAUUCUUGCAAUCUUCUAUAUGUUCUGGUUAUCUGCUGCACUCCAUCUUUUCAGUUCUGGUCAGAUAAGCCGAAAUGAUUGUAAUGCCAAUUGCUGCUCAUUUGACCUCAAGGCCAACAAGGUUAACUGUGAUAAUUGCUGUGGUUAUAGCAUUCACUACACUCCACAUAUUGCAGCUGCCAUUCUUUUUCACCUGUUUGGAUGUUACUGGGCCACACAGUUCAUAAUUGCAAGUUCAUCAACUGUCAUUGCUGGAUCAGUUGCAUCCUAUUACUGGGCUCGUGGCGAGAUAUCGGAGAUUCCAUUUCUCCCAGUGUUUUCUUCACUGAAGCGGCUCAUGCGCUACAGCCUUGGCUCCGUCGCUCUUGGUUCACUGGUUGUAUCCAUUGUUGAGUCUGUGCGGUUUAUACUUGAGUCAAUCCGCCGUAGGCUGAAGCAUACUGAUACCACAAAUCUUAGCCGUAUAGGGAAAAUGUCAUCCUUUUCAUCGAAUUGCUGUCUUGGGUGCAUUGAUUGGACCAUCAGGUCUGUGAACCGGAAUGCUUAUAUCAUGAUUGCUAUCACUGGCAAAAGCUUUUGCAAAGCAUCCGCAAUUGCUACAGGUUUGAUCAUGAAUAACAUUUUACGAAUUGGCAAAGUAAACGUGAUUGGAGAUGUCAUUCUCUUUCUUGGAAAGUUGUGUGUUAGCCUCUUCUGUGCAGUGUUUGCAUUUCUCAUGUUGGACACCCACAAGUACAAAUCUGCCCAUAACAAGAUUUCCUCACCUCUAUUCCCUGUUCUGGUGUGCUGGGGACUUGGUUACAUUGUUGCAACCCUGUUCUUCGCCGUGGUGGAGAUGGCGAUUGACACCAUCAUCCUCUCAUUCUGUCAAGACGCCGAAGAACAUCAAGGGAACGCACAAUACGCGCCUCCUCUCCUCAUGGAGACGCUCGACAGCCAAGGAGAGAUGCAAAGAAUCACUCAAGGAUCAUCUUAGGCGCAUUCAUGGAUUCCUCGUUCAAUGCCGAAGAUAACACAAUGAGGCAUUCUCAACUCCCUCUAGUAGUCCAGUUUUGUUAUACAAGUUUCUCAUAGUUUGUGUGAUCAAAGUUAUCAAAUCCAAAGUUGGAAUGAAUUCAAAGUUUUCUAUGUAUGUGAAGCCAUUUCACUCCAUGUAUUUUUCUUAUAUAUUCACAGCUCUUGUGCUGUUUUGCUCCA